AUGUCCACCAAAGGAUUCAUCGUCUACAUCGUAUCCGGUUUCUCUGUUGCGGUUCUCUGUGCGCUGUUCCUCACCAAAACCAACCAGUACUACAAACAUUCCGUGUCACUUUUUCCUAAUUCCCAUGGCCAUUAUGGAUUCGAUGAAGUUUGGCCCGAAUUGGAGGUGAGUUGGAGACUUGCGUUGGCCACCGCGAUUGGGUUUCUGGGAUCUGCUUUUGGAACCGUUGGUGGGGUUGGUGGUGGAGGCAUUUUCGUUCCCAUGCUCACUCUCAUUAUUGGUUUUGAUACCAAGUCUGCUGCUGCUCUUUCUAAAUGUAUGAUAAUGGGGGCAUCAGCAUCAUCCGUUUGGUAUAACCUUAGAGUGCCUCAUCCAACCAAAGAGGUUCCUAUAUUAGACUAUGAUCUGGCUCUUCUUUUUCAGCCCAUGCUCAUGCUUGGUAUCACUGUUGGUGUUGCCCUCAGUGUUGUCUUCCCCUACUGGCUUAUCACUGUCCUCACCAUUAUUCUCUUCAUAGGCACCUCCUCAAGGUCUUUCUUUAAGGGAACUGAGAUGUGGAGGGAAGAGACUAUUCUUAAGAAAGAAAUGGCCAAGCAACAAGCGACUUUUGUUAAUUCUCAUGGCGAACUUCUAAUCGACACAGAAUAUGAGCCAUUGAUUCCUAAAGAAGAGAAGUCACCUAUGCAAGUUCUUUGUUUCAACCUUAAGUGGAAAAGGAUUUUGGUGCUAAUGGCCGUGUGGGUUUCUUUCCUAUUACUUCAAGUCGUCAAGAAUGAUGUAGAGGUUUGCAGUGUAUGGUAUUGGGUGCUUUUCUGCUUACAGUAUCCUAUUGCACUUGUGGUGUUUAGCUGUGAAGCAGUGAGAUUGUACAAGGAUCACAAAAAGAGAAUAAGCACAGGGAACCCGGAAUCCAUCUGCGAGGCUUCAAUUGAAUGGACUGCUUUACACAUUUUAUUUUGUGCACUUUGUGGCAUCUUAGGGGGAACUGUUGGAGGCCUACUUGGUUCUGGAGGUGGGUUCAUUUUGGGGCCUCUUCUCAUUGAGAUUGGUGUCAUCCCCCAGGUUGCUAGUGCCACAGCAACAUUUGUUAUGAUGUUUUCAUCAUCUUUAUCUGUGGUGGAAUUCUACCUUCUCAAGAGGUUCCCCAUUCCUUAUGCGUUAUACCUCACCACAGUGUCUGUUUUGGCUGGCUUCUGGGGACAGUUUUUUGUGAGAAAAUUGAUGGCAAUUCUUAAAAGGGCUUCAAUCAUUGUAUUCAUCCUCUCAGGGGUCAUUUUUGCUAGCGCUCUCACCAUGGGUGUUGUUGGCAUUGAGAAGAGCAUUAAAAUGAUCCACAACCACGAGUUCAUGGGAUUUUUAGGCUUUUGUAGCAGUCAGUGA